CUCGUUCCCGGACUCCCGAGCAUACCCGUUUGUGGCCCGGCAUUCAUAACGGGUCGGACUCGGCCUCAACAUGGCCUGGGAUAGCCUGGAAACAGCGGAGGGAGAGUACAGAGAUAGAGAGAUCAGUGAGCCGGAAUGGACGGGAACGGCGGUGGCAAGGGCUUGCUGUGGAACCUCCCGGUGUUGAAAUCCAAAGAUUUCGGGAAGCUCGGCCCCGGUCUCGGGUAUGGCGCCGGCUGCGGCGUCGGCCUCGGUGUCGGCCUCCUCGGAGGUGCGGGCAUAGGUGCUGGAUUUCCUGGUUUACAAUUUGGGUUUGGACUUGGUGCUGGAUGUGGAAUAGGUAUUGGCUUUGGUUAUGGCAUGGGAAGAGGAAUUGCGUACGAUGAAAACCGAAGAUACACAAAUGUGGGGAAGCUAUUCCAUGGGAGAGGAAACAUUCCACCUGAGCAACAGAUUGAAACCUUGGUUGAUGAGCUUAUUGAGAGUACCAAAAAGCUAAUCAAAGCAACUUCAAGAGAGAUCAACAAAUGGAGGUGAAAUGAGCUCAAGGAAAAUGGAAGUACAUAUUAUUGUAGUGAAGGCUGCAUUUCCUUGACCCAUCUACUGCAUAUAACAAAGUACCAAUGCAAAAGUCUGAGGUUGAAAACUUUUUUCAGAUACAAUUUUUUAUUAGUAGCUCAAAAAUUCUUUGACCUUCACAUUCUGUGAUUAGAUAUGCUUUUAAGUUAUCCAUGCAUCUAAUUUCAUAUCUACCAUAUAUCUUGACCAGGCCACACAAGGCCCUAAUCCAAAGGAUGAACAUAUGCCUAAACAAUGAAUAUAUCACUUGAAUGUAGUCUGGGAUCGGGA